AGCCCGGCUCGUUCUUUUUCAAAUCCAAGAAGGCCUUUUACUGUUUGUGAGCAGCUUUCACUUGUUGAAGCCAGUUGAAAGCGUUCUAAAUUCAAACAACAAACCCAAAUUAAGCAGUGCACUAGGCUACAGACUCGGUAAAUUCAGACGUGAGGUCAUGUUUCAAUAGUGGAAAUGAGGCUCGAAACAUGGUGAUCAUGUCCUACAAGUGUAGAAGAGACAACCUCGGCCUGCAGAAGACCUAAUUCUACAGAAUGGCUUUCACAAUUUUCUAAGCAAGGAAACGGGUGCACAAGUCCUGACUGGUUGCUACUGGCAACUCCCCUUCUUCCAUUCCAGUACCAGGAGCCGCGGGCUAAAAUCAGCCUACGCGAAGGGGCAGGACUAAGGGGGGGUCCCACCCACUUCGUGUCCCGAAGGCGCGAAGACAAACGUGAGCAGGAGGGGACGAAAAGCCGAGGGACUGAGUAGCUGGGGACCGUUGAGCACUUCGUUGGAGAACUACCGCACUCCAUAACCUUUGACUCGGUCGGUGACAACUAAAGAGGAACGCCCACCGUCUCCGGGAGUAGCUAGAGGGAGCGGCGCGCCUGACUUCCGGUCGACGCUCGUAUUGCGUCAAGGCGUCGCGGAGUCAUGACGUGUCCAGCGGGCUUUUGGCGCGAGCUAACGACUUGAGGCGUCCGGGGUGGACCUGUCGGUGCUGAGGUUUGCUGCAGGCGCUGAGGUUCGCUGCCAGGGGAAGCCCGAGUGGGUCGAUGCGGGCCGUGGGCGGCAGCGCGGAGUCGGGCAGCGCCUGCGGGUCAGUGGGGCCGGACGUACAUACCAAGCAUCGGAGAACUUUUGUGCAGAAAAAUGCCUAUUGAAUACAAAAGGAAACCAACUUUUUUUGAAAUUUUUAAGGAGCGAUGCCGCAAAGCAGAUCUAGGACCCAUAAGCCUUAAUUGGUUUGAAGAACUUUCUUCAGAAGCUCCACUCUAUAAUUCGGAAUCCCUAGAAGAAUCUGAAUAUAAAACCAACAGUUAUGAGCCACACCUAUUUAAAACACCACAAAGGAAAGCCUUUUAUCAUCAGUUGGCUUCAACUCCAAUAAUAUUCAAGGAACAUGGUCAAACUCUGCCACUAUACCAAUCACCUUUAAAGGAAUUAGGAAAGGAUAUUGUACAUAAUGAAUGUAAAAAUCACCAUAAAAUGACAGUAAAAAGACACCAUGUAAUUGAUGUUACCAGUCCAUCUCUGAAAUCUUGUCUUCGUGAAAGUCCUCUUGCUCUACGAUGUACACAAGUGACACCACAGAGAGAAAGGCCAGUGAUGUGUGGAAGUUUAUUUUGUACACCAAAACUUGAGAAGGGUCAGACACCAAAACAUAUUUCUGAAAGUCUGGGAGUUGAGGUGGACUCUGAUAUGUCUUGGUCAAGUUCAUUAGCUACACCACCAACCUGUAGUUCUACUGUGCUCAUAGUCAAAAAUGAGGAAGCACCUGAAACUGAAUUUCCCAAUGAUGCUACUGCUAUUUUGAAAAGCUGUUUUUCUAACUACAAUGAAAGUUUGAGAAAGAACGAUGGAUUUAUUCCUUCCGUGGUUGACAAUGAAAAUAAAAACCAAAGAGAACCUAUCAGUCAUGGAUUGGGAAAAAUGGUAAGGAAUUCAUUUGGCAGAAUAAAUACUGACAAAGACCACCUUGGAGUGCCAAAUGUCAAUGCCAGUGCCCUAGAAGACGAAGUACCUGAGCUAACUGCAGAUGUUCCUGAAGAAGUUCCUUUUUCCUUGUGCUUACCUAAGACUAGAAUAAGAAAUCUGCAAAAAACAAAGGGCAAGUCCAGGAAGAAAAUUUUCUGUGAGACAAGAACUGAUGAAUUAAGUGAAGAACCUGAAAAAGAAGUUAAAGAAAAUAAACAUUCAUUUGCAUCUGAAGUGGAACUGAGUGAUCGUGAUCCCUUAGAUACAGAUGUAGCAGACCAGAAGCCCUUUGGCACUUCAAGGGAGGAAAUCUCCACAGAAGCUGAAUCAUCUUCAGGCUGUGGAUGGUCUCAGCUAACCCUCUCAGGUCUAAGUGGAACUCGGAUGCCGAAAAUAACCCCCCUUCAUGUUUUGCCUUGUAACCAAAAUAAUUCGGAAAAAGACGUCAUAGAUACCAAGAAAGAACCUAUCAGCUUUAUUCCUUCAGAAAAUUCUUUGCCUUGUUUUUCCAGUCUGCCAAAACCGGAAAAGGUCUUCCAUGAGGAAGCACUGGUAGACGAGUGUGAAAGGCAACAUCUCGAGUCUCAGGAAGACUCUGUUCUUGGGAGGAAGCAAGCAGGAUCUGGAACUUCUCAAGUGGCCUCUCCCAUUCAGGGCAUUAGAAAGUCUAUCUUCAAGACGAGAGAGCCACUUGAAGAGACUUUUGAUACUGUUUUCUCAGAUAAUGUGACCAAUCUCAACUUUAAAGAGACUGAAGCCUCUGAAAGUAGAUUGGAAAUUCAAGCUGUUUGCUCACAGACGGAGAAUUCUUUAUGUCCUAUUUCAGUUGAUAAUGAAAGCUGGCCAGCCACUAUUAGUUCUGUACCUGUGAAAAAUGCAGGAUUAAUAUCUACUUUGAAAAAUAAAAGAAGAAAGUUUAUUUAUGCUAUAAAUGAUGACAUUUCUCAUGAAGGCAAAACAAUACAAAAAGACAAAAAAUCAGAGCUAACUAACCCUCUAGCCCAAUUUGAAGCAAAUGCUUUCGAAGCACCAUUUACAUUUAUAAAUGCUGAUUCAGGUUUAUCUAAUUCUUUUGUGAAAAGAAACUGCUUCCAGAAUGAUACUGAAGAACCACCUUUGUCCUUGAUCAGUUCCUUUGGGGAUACUUUCAGUAAAGAAAAUAGUUACAAUAAUACACACAUAUCUCAGGAUCUUAAUUACAAAGAAACAACUGUUAGUGAAGAAAAACUGCAGCCAUUUACAACCCUGGAAACUGAUUUUCUGUCAUGCCUUCGGGAAAGACCAUGUGAAGUUGAUCGAAAAAGCCACAAAGUUUCAGAUACAAAAGAAGGCUUGAUUGCAGUAUGUGAUCCUGCAGGACAGCAUUCAGCAAUGGAACAGAGUAGCAUUCACUUUGAAUCACAGGAAAGCCCCUUAGGUGGCCACAGUAAUACUAGCACUCUUACAGUAACUUGUUGUAGCUCCAAGGAUCCCCCGUUAAACCCAGAUGUGGAUUGUAGAGGAAAAGCAUCAUACAAAAUAUCAGAGGAACUAAAAUAUGAAAGUAGUAAAGUUAGUAUUGAAUUAAACAAAAAUAGUCCCUUGGGAAAAAACGAAAUGUGUAUUUUAAGUGAAAAUUCUAAAAAAACUGAGCUUUUGCCCCCUGGAAAGUAUAUAACAGAAACAACACCUUCAGUGAAGUUGCAGUUCAACCAGAAUACAGAGCUAACAGUAAUCCGGAAGGACCAGGAAGAAACUACUUUGAUUUCAGAAAUAACUGUCAAUAUAAAUUCUGAAGAACUUUUCCCAGACAAUGAGAAUAAUUUUGUCUUUCAAAUAACUAAUGAUAGGAAUAGUCCUGCUUUACGAAAUUCUAAGGAACUUCAUAAAGAAGACCUCAGUUAUACAGAAGAGCCUAUUCCCAAGAACUCUUCCAUGGUAAUAGAUAGAGACAGAGAUAAGAAAGCAGCCCAAGUGUUGAUGACAGAAGAAAACUUAGAUUCAUCAACUGUACUCCAUGGUGGUAUGAAGGAGCGCAGAAAGAGUGGACAGCACCACCUGAAAGUAACUCCAGACCAAGACUUAAAAUCGUACACCACCUUGGAUAUGAAAUCAGAUAGAAACAAUGAUUACGCAGAGAAAUGGUCAGGACUCUUAGAUCCAGUUUUGAAUCAUAAUUCUGGAGGUGGCUUCAGAACAGCUUCCAAUAAAGAAAUAAAACUUUUAGAACAUAACAUCAAGAAAAGCAGGAUGUUAUUCAAAGAUAUUGAAGAACAGUACCCUACUAGUUUAUCUUGUAUUGAUAUUGUUAAUACUUUAUCAUUAGGAAACCAGGAAAAAGUAAGCAAGCCUGCUAGUUUUGAUUCACAGCCAGUUAAUACUGUGUCUGCACAUGUGGAGAGUCAAGUAUUUGUUUCUUGUGAAGAUAAUCUCACAACACCUCAAUUGUUAUCUUUAAAGCAAGAUUUUAACUCGCAUCACAAUUUAACACUCAGCCAAAAGGCAGAAAUUACAGAACUUUCUACUAUUUUAGAAGAAUCAGGAAGUCAGUUUGAAUUUACACAGUUCAGAAAGCCAAGCCGUAUAAUACAGGGCAAUACAUGUGAAAUGCCUGGGAACCAGGUGGUUGCCUUACUUGCCUCUCCUGAGGAACGGAAAGAUGUCAAACUUCCCCUCACAAUUGAUUCCUCAUCUAUAGGUCAAAUAGAUAACAGCAAAAAAAUUGAUGCAAUUGGAGUUAAACAAAACUUCCCUUGCUUGUUGAAAAGCAACUGUGACAAAAGUGCAUCUUGUUUUUUAACAGACAGUGAAGUGGAGUUUGGGGGCUUUUAUUCUGCUCUUGGCACAAAGCUGAGUGUUUCUAGUGAAGCUCUACAAAAAGCUGUGAAACUGUUCAGUGACAUUGAAAAUAGUGAGGAGACCUCUGCAGUACAAGUAGACCCAGGAAGUUCCUUUUCAAGUGAAUUCUGCCAUUCAGUCACUUCAGUGUUCAAGAUAAAAAACAACAGCAAUAAAAAUUUUGAUAAAACUAGCAAAUGCCAGGUAACAUUACAAAAUAAUAUUGAAAUGACUACUGGCAUUUUUGUUAAAAAUUACACAAGAAAUACAAAAAGUGAAGAUAAGAAAUAUACUUGUUCUCAGAGAAAUAGUUGUAAACUUGAAGACUAUGAUAGUAAAUCAAGUAUAAGUGAUAGGAUUUAUACAGAUGAAAGUGACUUGGCAUGUGUUGAUCAGUACAAUAAGCAUCUUAAGCCAUCUAGCCAAUUUGUGAGGGAUGGAAACAUACAAAUUAAAGAAAGUUUGUCAGAUUUAACAUGUUUGGAAGCUGUGAAAGCUGAAGAAGCAUGCCAUGUGAAAUUUUCAAAUAAAGAGCAAUUAACUGCAGGUAAGAUGGAACAAAACAUAAAAGAUACUGGUAUCUCCUUUCAGACUGUAAGUGGGAAAAAUAUCAGAGUCUCCAAGGAGUCAUUAAAUAAAAUUGCAAAUUUCUUUGAUCAGGAAACAGAAGAAUUGACCCUCUUUUCAGAUUCCUUGAAUUCUAAAUUUCUUUCAGGCAUCAAUAAGAACAAUAUGGGCAUUUCACGUCAUAGGGAAACAGUCAGUAUUAAAAACAAGAUAUUGGAAGACUGUAUCCCUAUUGGAAAUGCCAGUCAAUUGCCCACUUUCCAGCAGCUUCCUGAAUGUAAAAUAGAAAAGAUCAAAGAACCUACUGUAUUGAGUUUUCAUACAGCUAGUGGGAAAAAAGUUAAAAUUACACAGGAAUCUUUGGACAAAGUGAAAAAUCUUUUUGAUGAGAAACAACAUGUUAGUAAAGUUACCAGUUUUAGUCAUCAAGUGGCAAAAAUUGUAAAGGACAGAGAGGUCUGUAAAGAAGGUCUUGCAUUAGCAUAUGAGAGAAUUGAAAUAACUGCCCCAAAGUGUGAAGAAAUGCACAAUUCUCUAGAUAAUAAUGAGAACUUUGUUUCUAAGGACACUGGAGUGCUACCCAAGCAAACUGAUAAUUUAAACAGGCAAACUAAAAAUCUUAAAACAUCAAAUAAUAUCCCUUUUAAGUCUCAAGUACAUGAAAAUAUAAAAAAAGAAAUAGAAAAAAAUCCUGCAACUUGCUGCAUAAAUCAGAUCCCUUGUUCAGCCAUUGAAGAUUCAGCUUUGGCGUUUUAUACAGGACAUGGUAGAAAAAUUUCUGUAAGUCAGGCUUCACUGUCCAAAGCAAAAAAAUGGUUUAAAGAAUUGGAUGAUCAACUAGAAGAAAGAAAUGCUGGUAAAGUUGUAUGUUUAAAGGAAUAUCCUGGGGAUUAUGUAGGAAAUCCUUCAUACGAAAAUAGUUUGAACAGUAUCAAAACUGAAAAUGAGAACAAUCUUGCCUCUGCAAAUCAGGGUCCCACUUAUUUAAGUAACUGCAGCAUGUAUAACAGCCAUCCAGAACAUUCUACUUUUUGUCAUUCUGAUGAUACAUGUAAUGAGUCAGGGUAUUUCUCCAAAAAUACAGUUGAUCCUGAUAUUCAGCCGAUUAUGCAGAAUGUUGAAGACAAAAAUAAUGCUUUCCCCCCCCAAAGAUCUACCAUAAAAAAUGUAAACACAUACCUGCAAACUAUAAAUGAAGAUGUUUGUGUUCAGAAAGUUGAGACUAACUCUUUGCCAUGCACAACUAAAAAUGUAACCAUUGACUUGGCCAUACCUGAUUCAAAUGAUUGUGGGGUAGGGUCACCUGCAUUCAGUACAGCCAGUAAAAUAAUCUGUAUUUCACAAGAAGCCAGAAAAACAGUGAAAGAGAGAUUCACAGACAACUGUGAUAAGAUAACUAAGCAAAAUACUGAGAGUAAGUCACACACUUGCCAAAUAAGGUGUCAUAAAGCAUUGGAUAAUUCACAGGGUUCUAUCUGCCCUGACUCUUUAAGUGACAAAGAACAUAUAAACUCAAAUAAGGUUUUUGCUGCUACUCAAAAUGAGCAAAGUGUAUCUGGAGUGGAGAAAGCGCCUGGAAUAUCACCUCGUGUUAGUUUGAAAGCUUCAGAUGUGUGUAAGUUUAAUAUAGCGGAACUUCCCCAGCCAGAUUUUCCUCCACGUACUUGUGGGAUUUUUAGCACAGCAAGUGGAAAAUUUGUACAAGUAUCAAAUGCUUCAUUGCAAAAGGCAAAACACAUGUUUUCUGAGAUAGAGGGCAGUGCUACGCAGUUAUCUUCCACAGUAGCAUUUAAAAGCAGUGAACAGUCAGACCGCUUCACAAGAGAUGAAAAUGCUGUGGUACAUGACUUCCAGAAUGUACAGUCCUUCCCAGAGACUGCUUUAUGGAAUGUAGAUUCUUCUGUUUUCUCUGGAUUUAGUACAGCAAGUGGGAAACAGGUUGCAAUUUCAGAAAGUGCCUUACACAAAGUUAAGGAAAUGUUAGAGGAAUUUGAUUCAAUUGGAACUGAAUAUAUUCAGCAUUCACUUACAUCUAAACAGAAUGUAUCAAAAAUACUUCCUCUCCCUCAUGUUCAUAAGAGAUCUUCAGAAUAUUCUGUAAACUCUGAAAUGCAGAAGGCCUACAAUAACGAAUUAAAAUUACCAAGUUGCUAUAAUAUUGAAAGUGGUUCUUCAGAAAAUAUUAAUUCUAUUAAAGUUUCUUCAAAUGUCUCUCAGUUUAAGCAAGACACACAGUUGGUUUUAGGAACCAAAGUCUUCCUUAAAAACACUGAUCUUUUGGGAAAAGAACAAACUUUACCCAGAAACAUAGAGGUGGAAAUUGGUAAAACACAAACUUUUUCUAAGGUUCCUCUGAGAACAAAUGUCGAAGACUGUUCUGCUUACUCUGAAAAACCAGAAAACUGUUUUGAAACAGAAGCAGUAGAGAUUGCCAAAGCUUUUAUGGAAGAUGGUGAGCUGACAGAUUCUGAACCACCGAGUUGUGCCCAUUACUCAUUGUUGACAUGUCCAAACAGCAAGGAAAUUUUGUUAAAUUCAAGAAGUAGGAAAAGAAGAAUUGCUGUUAACCCAGUUGGAGACCCUCCAAUCAAAAGAAGCUUGUUAAAUGAAUUUGAUAAGAUAAUAGAAAAUAAAGGGGAAUUCUUAAAGCCUUCAAAAAGUACUCCAGAUGGCACAAUAAAAGAUAGAAGAUUGUUUAUGCAUCAUGUUUCAUUAGAACCAGUUACCUGUGGACCUUUUUGCACAAGAAAAGAACGGCAAGAAAUCCAGAAUCCACAUUUUACUGCACCUGGUCAAGAAUUUUUGUCUAAAUCUCACCUUUUUGAGCACUCGACUUUGGAAAAAUCUUCAAGCAAUUUACCAGUUUCAGUACAGCCGACUGGUAAAGUUCCUGUUACAGGAAAUGAAAAGAAGAGAUGCCCCAUUACUACAGGCAAAUCCACCAAAGUCUUUGUCCCGCCUUUCAAAACCAAAUCACAUUUUCAUGGAGAUGAACAUUGCAUUACCAAGAACGUUAGUUUGGAAGGAAGCAAACAAAAACUCAAGUGCAUAGAUGAAUAUAGUUAUGCUGAUAGUGAAAAUAUUAUUAAUGAAAGCAAGAUUCAUCAGUUUAACAAAAAUGGCUCCAAUCAAGAAGAAACUAUAAUUGUCACAAAGUGUGAAGAAGAACGUUCAGAUUUAAUUACAAGCCUUCAACAUGCCAGAGAUCUACAGGAUAUGCGAAUUAAAAAGAAAGAAAGGCAACAUAUCUUCCCACAGCCAGGCAGUCUAUAUCUUGCGAAAACCUCCACCCUGCCUCGAAUCUCUCUGAAAGCUGCAGUCAGGGGCCAAGUUCCUUCUGCAUGCCCUCAUAAGCAGCUCUAUAUGUAUGGUGUUUCUAAACAAUGCAUAAAAAUUAACAGCAAAAAUGCUGAGUGUUUUCAGUUUUCUAUUCAGGAUUAUUUUGGUAAGGAAAAUUUACAUGCUGGAAAAGGAAUUCAGUUGGCUGAUGGAGGAUGGUUAAUACCCUCCAAUGAUGGAAAGGCUGGAAAAGAAGAAUUUUAUAGGGCUCUGUGUGACACUCCAGGUGUGGAUCCAAAGCUUGUUUCUAGAGUUUGGGUCUAUAAUCACUACAGAUGGAUUAUAUGGAAACUGGCAGCUAUGGAAUUUUCUUUUCCUAAGGAAUUUGCUAAUAGAUGCCUAAACCCAGAAAGAGUGCUGCUUCAACUAAAGUACAGAUAUGAUGUGGAAAUUGACAGCAGCAGAAGAUCAGCUAUAAAAAAAAUAGUGGAAAGGGAUGACACACCUGCAAAGACACUUGUUCUCUGUGUUUCUGACAUCAUUUCAUCAAGCACAAGUAUAUCUGAAACUUCUGGUGUUGAUACCAAGAAAGUAGAUGUGAUCGAACUUACAGAUGGAUGGUAUGCUGUCAAGGCCCAGCUAGAUCCUCCACUCCUGGCCCUCUUAAAGAGUGGGAGACUGACUGUGGGUCAGAAGAUCAUUGUGCACGGGGCAGAACUGAUGGGCUCUUCUGAUGCCUGUGCACCUCUAGAAGCCCCAGCCUCUCUUAUGCUAAAGAUUUCAGCUAACAGUACCCGGCCUGCUUGCUGGUACACCAAACUUGGGUUCUUUCCUGAUCCCAGGCCCUUCCCUCUGCCCUUGUCCUCGCUCUUCAGUGACGGAGGAAACGUUGGCUGUGUUGAUAUUAUUGUUCAAAGAGUGUACCCUAUGCAGUGGGUGGAGAAAACAGCAUCUGGAUUAUAUGUAUUUCGUAAUGAAAAAGAAGAGGAAAAAGAAGCGACAAAGUUUGCAGAGGUCCAACAGAAGAAACUAGAAGCUUUAUUCACUAAAAUUCAAGCAGAAUUUAAAGACCCUGAAGAAAAUAAAACAAAACAGUGUAUGCCAUCCCAUGCACUCACAAGGCAACAAGUCCACUCUCUCCAGGAUGGUGCAGAUCUUUAUGAAGCAGUGAAAAAUGCACCAGACCCGGAUUACCUUGAGGGUUAUUUCACUGAAGAGCAGCUAAGAGCAUUGAAUAAUCACAGACAAAUGUUGAAUGAUAAGAAGCAGGCACAGAUCCAGUUGGAAUUCAGGAAGGCCUUGGAAUCUGCUGAACAAGAGGAACAGGGCUUAUCAAGGGAUGUUACAACUGUGUGGAAGUUGCGUAUUGAAAGCUACAAGAAAAAUGAAAAAUCAGCUAUACUGAGUAUCUGGCGUCCAUCAUCAGACUUACACUCCCUCCUAACAGAAGGAAAGAGAUAUAGAAUCUAUCAUCUUGCAACAUCAAAAUCUAAAAGUAAAUCUGAAAGAACUAACAUACAGUUAGCAACCACAAAAAAAACUCAGUAUCAGCAACUACCGGCUUCAGAUGAAAUCUUAUUCCAGGUUUACCAGCCAAGGGCACCCCUUCAUUUCAGCAGACUGUUAGAACCAGCCUUUCAACCACCUUGUUCUGAAGUAGACCUCGUAGGAUUUGUAGUUUCUAUUGUAAAGAAAAUAGGUCUUGGUCCUUUGGUCUAUUUGUCAGACGAAUGCCUUAAUUUAUUAGCAGUAAAGUUCUGGACAGAUCCUAAUGAAGAUGUUAUCAAACCUCAUAUGCUAAUCACUGCAAGCAAUCUCCAGUGGCGCUCAGAAUCCCAGUCAGGAAUUCCUACUUUAUUUGCUGGAGAUUUUUCCAUGUUUUCUGGCAGUCCAAAGGAAGCCCACUUUCAAGAGACAGUCAACAGAAUGAAGCAUGCUGUUGAGAAUAUUGAUUCAUUUUGCAACAAUGCAAAAAGGAAGCUUAUACAUCUCCUUAAUGCGAACAGUCCCAGGUGGUCUACACCAACUAGAGACUCCAAGCCAGAGCUUUGCCCUGCUCCCAUACUCCUUGCUACAGGAAAUAAGUUACUGAGGUCUUCUCCUAACUGUGAGCGCAGUCAUCACAGUCCUUUAUCACAGUGUACACCAAAAGACAAGUCUGUGUCGGUACCUGUAUCACCCCAAAUGGCCUCAAAGUCUUGUAAAGGGGAGAGAGAGCUUGACUACCCAAGAAACUGCAGAAAAAGAAAAGCACUGGAUUUCCUGAGUCGACUGCCUUUACCUCCCCCCGUCAGUCCCAUCUGUACCUUUGUCUCUCCAGCUGCACAGAAGGCAUUUCAGCCGCCACGGAGUUGUGGCACCAAAUAUGAAACACCUAUAAAGAAGAAAGAAUCCAGUUCUCCUCGGAUGACUCCACUUAAAAAAGCCAAUCAGAUUUCUCUUUUGGAACGUGAUUCAAUAGCUGAUGAGGAACUUGCAUUGCUAAAUACCCAGGCCCUUGUAUCUACUUCGGUGGGAGACAAUCAAUGUCUGUCUCUCAGUGAGUCCACAAGGACCUCUUCCAAUUCAGAUCAUCAUAUGACCCCUCUGCUCAGAGUACAAGAGAGCUCCCAAGCCAGCACAGAGGAAGGGUAGGACCAGCACGCAGGACCCAAAUACAUUAAAGAAAGUAUCUCAGGUAUUGCAAAGGCAAAAGGAACGGACAUGACAGAGAAAUUAUUGAGCCUUCCCAAUUUGUGAGAUUUGUCCAAUUUCAAACUACAUAUAAAUGUUUGUGUGACAAGACACAAAAUAACUUUAGAUUUACUUAUGUUUGUGAAUCAUACAGAUGUUCUUUGCCUGGUUUUAUAUUGGUACAAUUUUAUUUUAACUGUGUAUCUUUAAAGCUGGCUGUAUAUUAAAUAAUUUAAAAAAUCUUGUUUAAAUCUUUAUGAUUGUGCCGGGCAUGGUGGCACACACCUUUAAUCCCAGUGCUU